CGGACAUCACCAAAGCGCAGUCCGAACUCAGUUCCUCUCUUCAGCGGUAAGACUGAAGUAAGCAGAGAAACCACGCAGCACCAGAGCACAGUCCACCGGCUCAUCUCAGUAUGUGGCAGAGAACUACCCGGUGUUGAAGGAGGACGACGGACCAGACGGUGGUCGGUAAAUCUCAGGGUCACCAAAUUGCCCGUUCCUACACAAUUAGGGAGGCUCUUAUUGAUGAUCCCUGGUUGUACACAUCUUAGAACUGCCCGUCCUCUACCUCCAACUCUGAGAGGCAAAGCGUCAGGAUCCACGUAGAAGUGAAGCCGCCAUGGCUCCGGAAUUCUGUGCGUCACUUUGGUGAGCGUGGGGCCGUCAGAGGGCAGAAGACAUGUUGGGACAGAGGGCUGGGCACUGCACUGAAGCUUGCUGUAGUAACCAUGGAAACGGUGUGGAGGAGUUUGGCCUGCGUUGGCAUCAUCGCCAUGGUUGCCAGUGGAGUGGCAGAGAGUUGGAGUCCUGAGGAUUUUGCUCAGACUCAAGCUGAGUUUCUGUCCAGCUUGGGCCAGUAUGAGAUUGCCAUCCCAGUGCGUGUGGGGUCGCAUGGGGAAACACUAUCGGAAGAGGAGACUUCUCACGGGAAUGGCCGACACCGGCGUAGCACGGAAACGCAGAACGUUCCAGACCCGCAGCUGUACUAUCAGCUCUCCACGUCGAGCGCUGACCUUCUGCUCAACCUCACACUGCAGGGAGGACUGCUUUCACGACAGUUCCGUGUGGAAUACUGGAAGAGGGGGCACUUGGCUUGGAGUCACCCGUACUUGCCCAACUGCCACUACGUGGGUCACCUGCAGCACCAGCCUCACUCUAGUUCUGUGGCUCUUAGCAACUGUAACGGCCUGCAAGGGGUUAUUGUAGCUGGAGGUGAGGAGUACCUUAUCGAACCCCUGGUUUCUGCUAAAAACUACACUAAUGAGGAUGGCAGAGAAGGGCGCCCACAUGUCGUGUAUAAACGGUCAUCUCUGAGAUACCAGAACAUGGACCAGUCCUGUGGAGUCAUUGACGAGAAGCCUGGUAAGAGCUAUGGAUGGUGGCAGAGAACAAUAAAGCCCUCACCCAAUCAAAUGGGACGGGGCCAGUUACCACUAAAGCGCUCCGUCAGCCGAGAGCGCUACGUCGAAACCCUGGUGGUUGCCGACAAGAUGAUGGUCAGCUAUCACGGCCGUCGUGAUAUCGAGCAGUACAUUCUGGCCGUCAUGAAUAUUGUUGCCAAACUGUUCCAGGAUUCUAGCCUGGGGAAUGCUGUGAACAUCGUUGUGACGAGGCUUAUUCUACUGAUGGAAGACCAGCCCACACUAGAGGUAAACCAUCAUGCAGGGAAGUCUUUAGACAGUUUCUGCAAGUGGCAAAAGUCCAUCCUGCACCGGAACGGUCAUGGGAAUGCCAUCCCUGACAAUGGAAUUGCACACCAUGAUACAGCAGUCCUCAUCACCAGGUAUGACAUCUGCAUCUACAAGAACAAACCCUGUGGAACACUUGCUAAUCGAAGGUUUAUUGGUCUGGCACCUGUUGGCGGUAUGUGUGAGCCAGAGAGAAGCUGCAGCAUCAAUGAAGACAUUGGUCUGGCCACUGCUUUCACUAUUGCACACGAGAUUGGACACACGUUUGGGAUGAAUCAUGAUGGUGUUGGCAAUGCAUGUGGGGUGCGCAGUCAGGAGACUGCUAAACUCAUGGCUGCCCACAUCACCAUGAAGACUAACCCCUUCGUCUGGUCUGCCUGCAGCCGCGAUUACAUCACCAACUUCCUCGACUCUGGCAUGGGUUCCUGCCUGAACAAUAUUCCCCCCAAACAGGAAUUUGUUUAUCCCACCACAGCCCCUGGCCAAGCCUAUGAUGCAGACGAGCAGUGCCGCUUCCAGUACGGAGUGAAGUCUCGUCAGUGUAAAUACGGGGUACUUGCAUCACUCAGUGAAGUGUGCAGUGAGCUUUGGUGCAUGAGUAAAGGGAAUCGCUGCAUCACCAGUAGUAUCCCAGCAGCCGAGGGCACCAUCUGUCAGACCAGCACCAUCGAAAAAGGGUGGUGCUACAAAAGAGUGUGUGUGCCGUAUGGAACACGUCCAGAGGGUGUAGAUGGUGGGUGGGGCCACUGGUCGCCAUGGGAGGAGUGUAGUCGCACCUGUGGGGGCGGAGUCUCAUCCUCUAUUCGCCAUUGUGAUAGCCCUAGGCCAACGGUUGGAGGGAAAUAUUGUCUGGGAGAGAGGAAGCGCUUCAGAUCUUGCAACAUUGAUGAAUGCCCAGCCGGAUCUCAGGAUUUUCGGGAGAUUCAGUGUUCGGACUUUGACAGUGUUCCUUUCCGGGGGAAAUUCUACACCUGGAAGCCGUACAGGGGUGGUGGGGUGAAGUCAUGCUCACUGAACUGCCUGGCAGAGGGCUAUAACUUCUACACUGAGCGCGCUCCAGCUGUGGUGGACGGCACACCCUGCAGGGACGACUCUCUGGAUGUUUGUGUUAAUGGCGAGUGUAAGCAUGUGGGCUGUGACCGGAUUCUGGGUUCGGAUGUUCGGGAAGAUCGCUGCCGUAUUUGUGGAGGAGAUGGAAGCAGCUGCCAGGUCAUCGAGGGGGUCUUCAAUGACUCCUUGUCUGAAGGAGGUUAUGAAGAGGUGGUCAGAAUCCCCAAAGGAUCUGUGUUCAUACACAUCCAAGAGCUCAACGUCUCUCACAAUUACUUGGUGUUGAAGAGCAAGGGGGAUCAAUACUUCAUCAACGGCAAGCUGACCAUCGACACGCCACGACGCUUUGACAUCGCAGGAACCACCUUCCACUAUCGCCGACCCACCAAUGAACCGGAGACCCUGGAAGCACUUGGACCCACCAACAUGACCCUGAUCGUCAUGGUUUUGGUCCGUGAGGAAAAUCCUGGGAUCCAUUACCGUUUUAACCCACCUGUCAACAGAGAUCCACUGAGCAGUUAUGCCUGGCAUUAUACAUCCUGGUCCCGCUGCUCUGCGUUGUGUGCAGGAGGGGUUCAAGUCCAGCAGGUAGUGUGCAAGAAACAAGCAGACCUCUCUGUGGUUUACAACCAUUUCUGUGACAAGAAGAACAAGCCCAAAGACAAGAAAAGACCAUGCAACUUGGAGCCCUGCCCUCCAACGUGGUGGACAGGAGACUGGUCAGAAUGCAGUCGGAGCUGUAACGGAGGGGUGCGCACGCGGGAAGUGCUGUGUAAGAGGAAGAUCUCAGCUACAGAGGAGAAAGUCCUGGAUGAUGCAGCCUGCACCCCACCGCGGCCUUCCAUCACCGAGCCCUGCAAUAACCACACCUGCCCACCAGAAUGGCAUGCCCUGGACUGGUCUGAGUGUACUCCUAGCUGUGGUCCUGGUUACAGGUACAGGGUGAUUUUAUGUAGAAGCGGAGAGAAUGGUGAAACAUUGGCAGAGUCAGAGUGCCCGAAACAAAGCCGUCCGACCACCAGGGUGCGCUGCAACAUACAACGUUGCCCACCACCUCAGUGGGUUACAGGACCAUGGGGAGAGUGCUCGGCUAGGUGCGGUAUGGGUCAGGAGAUUCGUUUAGUGCAGUGUCUGACACACACUGGCCAGCCAUCCAGUGAGUGCCCUGAGUCAAAUCGUCCCGCCUUCAUGCAGCAGUGCAAGAGCAAGUGUGACCACAGUGGCCCUACAGAUAACCCUGAAGAGUGUAAAGAUGUGAACACAGUGGCAUACUGCCCCCUGGUGCUCAGGUUCAAGUUUUGCAGCCGUGCAUACUUCAGGCAGAUGUGCUGCAAAACCUGCCAAGGACACUGACCUCCCUCUCUCUCACUCUCUAUGUCUCUCUCUUUCUCUCUCGCCCUCAUUUUCUCCUCCCUCCUCCCUCCUCCCUACCGUCUCCUUGCAUGGCCAAAACCGCCCAUGCUCAGCAUUCCACUGGAGAAGUGCUGUUAACCACUGGCAAACUGACAUCAUUGUGGGAGAAAGCACGGAAGAAAUGAGAGCGAGAGAGAGACGUGAGAAGAAAGAGAGAGAGAGAGAACGUCUGUGCUGCUCUCUUUCUCUCCCUCCGACCAGAUGCUUUGGCACUGCUGCUGUGAAUACCAGUCUGCCCAAAAGACAUCUGUCAGUGUUUUUUUUGCUCUUCCACGUGGUGCUUUCGACCGUUACUUAUCAUACAGAGAAGUGUUUGUGUGAACUGUCACACCUGUACUGCUAGUUCUCAGUGAAUAAUAGUCGUCUAUUAUUGUAAUGUGAUAAAAUAAGCAUUUAUAGACCAAUCGUCUAUAUUAUAGUCUCAAAGGUGCACUCAGUAAUUUUUUUUUUUGUUUAUGUAGUGCUGAUUGUCUUGGACUUAUACUGACACCUAGUGUUGUGGAUGAAUCAUCAUGCACAAUCGUUAUCAGUAUUAUUUCAGUAGUAUUAUUAUUCCACAAACAAAAGUGUCCAAAAACAACCAGGUUACUGAGUUAAAAUGAGUAGUAUUCAACUGGUCAGAUGAUCUCAACAUGGCUGCCCCCAUGAGAGACCCACUCCAUGUAAAAUAAAACGGCUUUUAUUAGGCUGGGAUGUUAAACAAAUUUUUACUUUUUACUUUGCUUGUGUAAAAAAAAUGAAGAAAAAAAUAUUGAGUGCAUCUAUAAAGGCAUAAUUCACCCAAAAAGGAAUAUUCUGUCAUUAUUUACUCACCCUUAUGUUGUACCAAACCUAUGACUUUUUUAUUAUUAUUAUUCUUCAGAACACAAAAGAAGAAAUUUUACAUACAGUGAAAGUCAGUGGGGUUUAAAACAACAUUAGACCUGCACUGACUUUCAAUAAAUUGUUAAAAAAGGACAUUAUCAUCUAUUAUCUAUUAAAAAAAAAAAAAAAACAUCUAUUUUUGUGUUCCGCAGAAAAAAGAAAGUCAUACUGGUUUGGAACAACAUGAGGGUGAGUAUAUGAGGUAUUUCUAUUUUUAGGUGAACUGUCCCUUUAAGGGCCUUCACACUUACAGCAAUUUAUAAAGCAGCCAAUGCUCAUGUUGAUUUAAAGCAACAUCAGUAAAGGUGCGGUCACAUUAACCUCUGUUUUGCGAAUUUUCGCAGACAGAAUCCGGUCAUUUCAAUAGGAAUCUAUGCAAUCAGGAAUUUUUUGUGUGAGGAUGAAAGAUUUCCCCAUGCAGAUUUUGCAACGGGUUCAAGUUGACUAACACAAAGUUGCAAAUUUGCUGCAUUGACCAACAGAAAGCUGCAUGGUUUGAAUGUGAGCUGUGCUUCAUACAUGACCACAUUAUUGACAAUAUGCAAUGACCUUUUUUGCCCACUAAAUUUUGCCAAACAUUCACUAAUAUGGCCGCACCUCAUGAUAUAGAUGGAUGCUGCAGGUAGGAACAUUUACUAGCAGUGACUUGUUGACACUGAACAAUUAAGUUGCUGUCCGUGUGAACAGCCCUUUAGAGACACUCCAGAUCACUCAGAUAUCAUAAGCUCUCAUUUGGUGUGGUUGGUGCUGUAUACUGUAUCUUUUAAUCUGAUGGCCUUGUGGCUAUUUGCAGGUGCUGUGCCAUUUUCUUGUCAUCCGGUCACAUAAUGCUUAAGCUAAUUAUUCAUAAGAUAUCAUGCGUCAGUCAAACCUGGAUAAACAAUGAACUGUUUAGCAAACAGAGGAAAACGAGAGGUCAGUUUAGCUUCUCUGCACUAUGUAAUAGUAGUUAAAGAAGCUGUUGUUGAACCAAUAUAGUUAUUUUUAGACACUUUUUGCUUAAGGUAAUGUACUGUACUCUUAAUGGACAAAGAGUCUCUGUGCAUCAGCUGUGGUGACAGUGCAGAAUUGUGACCCUAGUAACCUUCCAGUUCCUGGGGAGCUACUGCUUCAUUUUAUCAGGUCAGGACCACUCCCAAAUAUUCACACUCUUUCAUUUGAGACUGUUAAGCAAUAGUUUUGAUUCUGCCAUAAUCUACUUGCCCUUAUGUUGUUCAAAUCCUAUUUUUUUCUUCUUUGAAACACAAAAUUAACAGUGUCCAAGCUGCUUUAUUCCGUACAGUGAAAGUGGUGGGUGAUUCACACAGUUAAGCUCCAUUUAAAAAAAAAAAAAAGCACUAUAUAAGUACUACAAUUAUAUUCCAGUUCAUCUAGAGCCAUACAACAGGUUUGUGUGAGUAAAAUACCAAAAUGUAAGUCAUUGUUUGCAUUGACAGUCCAGAACCAAUGGCGCUUGAAUAUGCCCACAUGCAAAUACAAUUUGAGAGUAAAGGGGAAGAAUUAGGGUGGAAGUAAUACUUUUUUGUUUUACUUAAAUUUCUUUUCAGAUCUGGUCCUCACAAAAAUACAUUGUUUCACAAGGGGUUGGAACAGCAUAAUGGUGAUUAAAUGUAGGUGAACUAUUCCAACUUGGAAUAGUGUUUUUAUAAUACAUGUUGAUUGAUUGGAUUCCCUUUCAAAUAUCAACAUUUAGUUCAUUGAAUCAACUUUGUCUAAACUUACUAGUAUCAAUCACCGUUAAAGAGCCAUAACAGACCUUCUCCUCGUCCUGGGUCCUGGCAACGCAUGUCGAAUGUUUGAUUUGAAGAGCAGAUCUUGAGGAGAUGGCCUCCAUUCAAGGACUGGUGGCUAAUCUGUGGUGCUACAGUAUGGUGCUAUGUCUUUAUUUGUCAUAAUCUCAAGAUUCAUGUUAUUUUUGUAUUGUAGGAAUUGUUUUGCUAAAGGUAAUACAUUUGCUAAGGAAAAAUAUAUAAGCAAGAUUCUAUGAAAACUAGAAUUAUUGUUAAAGUCUCUCUGCAGAGACACUAACUUUGUAAUCAUAUAUUUGGUACAGUUAUUAUGUGAAAGAUGAAAAUGCUGUUUUGCUUUUGAUGGUAAGCUUUUUCCUUUUUUUUUUUUAAUUUGUUAAAUUUUGCUGUGUUCCUUCAUUUGCAAUAACUGUAGAUUCACUUUGGAAAUGCAGACACUUUUUUUUUUGGACUUUAAUGUUGAUUUUCACUUUCUACUCAGUAACAUGCUGUACCGUCAUGUGCCUGUGAUGUAGUUUAUGUCGUCCGAAUUGUACGUAGACCAUUUGAAAUGAAUUUGAAAUAAUGAAUAAAAACAUGCAUUGUGUACAAAUAA